CUCGGAGAGUCUUCCCGCCGGUAGGGGCCGCUCUUUCAGGCCGGCUCUCUGUUGCGUCUCCCGCGCUGUGAGGCGGCGGUGGAGGCUGAGGAUGGCGGUGACCGGGGCGCUGCGCACUGAACUGGCGGAGGCGGUGUCCAGCUGUCGGGUGCUGAUGGUCGGCGCCGGAGGAAUCGGCUGCGAGUUACUGAAGAACCUUCUGCUCACCGGCUUCACCAACCUGGACGUGAUCGAUCUGGACACGAUUGACGUCAGUAACCUCAACAGGCAGUUCUUGUUCCAGAAGAAACAUGUGGGGCGAUCAAAGGCGCAGGUGGCCAAAGAAAGCGUCCUGCAGUUCUGUCCGGGGGCGAGCAUCACCGCUUAUCACGACAGCAUCAUGAAUGCUGAGUAUGACGUUGAGUUCUUCAGGAGAUUCACGCUGGUGAUGAACGCCUUGGACAACAGAGCUGCGCGGAACCAUGUGAACCGAAUGUGUCUGGCAGCAGACAUCCCCCUGAUAGAGAGCGGCACGGCCGGGUACCUGGGGCAGGUCACAGUCAUCAAGAAGGGGGUCACAGAGUGCUAUGAAUGUCAACCCAAACCCACCCAGAAGACCUUCCCCGGCUGCACCAUCCGGAACACUCCCUCCGAGCCCAUCCACUGCAUUGUGUGGGCAAAAUACCUGUUCAAUCAGUUAUUUGGAGAGGAGGAUGCAGAUCAAGAGGUCUCCCCAGACACGGCUGACCCGGAGGCCUCCUGGGAGCCCACAGAAGCCGCACAAAGGGCCAAUGAUUCCAAUGAGGACGGGGACAUCAAGCGCGUAUCCACCAAGCAGUGGUCCAAGUCCACAGGGUAUGAUCCGGUGAAGCUCUUUAACAAGCUUUUCAAAGAUGACAUCUCCUACCUCCUGACCAUGGACAAACUGUGGAGGAAGAGGAAGCCCCCAGUGCCCCUGGACUGGGCCAGCCUGCAGAACAACGAAAAAGAUUCUGCAGAACAGAAGAACGCGUCGGUGGUCGGCCUGAAAGAUCAGCAGGUUCUGGACGUUGCUGGUUACGCUCAGCUGUUUUCUCAAAGUGUCAAGACUUUAAGGGAUCAGUUGUCUAAAAAGGGAGACGGUGCGGAACUGGUGUGGGACAAGGAUGACGCCCCAGCAAUGGACUUUGUGACUUCUGCAGCUAACCUCAGGAUGAACAUCUUCAGUAUGAACAUGAAGAGCCGGUUUGAUAUUAAGUCCAUGGCCGGGAACAUCAUUCCAGCGAUUGCCACAACCAACGCUGUCAUAUCCGGGCUGAUUGUGCUGGAGGGGCUGAAGGUUUUAUCUGGGAACCUUGAACAGUGCAGAACGGUAUUUCUGAACAAACAGCCCAACCCCCGCAAGAAGCUGCUGGUGCCCUGUAUGCUGGACUCCCCGAACCCCAACUGCUAUGUGUGCGCCAACCGCCCAGAAGUCACCGUCAAGUUAAAUGUUCACAAGGUGACCGUAGAAAGUCUACAGGACAAGAUAAUAAAGGAGAAGUUUGGCAUGGUGGCUCCGGAUGUGCAGAUUGAAGAUGGUAAAGGCACAAUCCUGAUUUCCUCUGAGGCUGGAGAGACCGAAGCAAACAACAACCGGCACUUGUCAGACUUUGGCAUCCGGAACGGCACCAGGCUGCAGGCGGACGACUUUCUUCAGGACUACACCCUGCUAAUUAAUGUGCUACAUAGUGAAGAUUUGGAGAAGGACGUCGAGUUCGAGGUCGUGGGAGACGCUCCAGACAAAGCGCCUCAGAAAGCUGUAGAAGAAAGUGGUAAAGGUAUCACCAACGGCAGCGACGACGGCGCGCAGCCAUCCACGUCCACAGCUCAAGAACAAGAUGACGUGUUAAUCGUGGACUCCGAUGAGGAGAGUCCUUCCAGCAGUGCCGAUGUCAACAUGGAGACGGUGACGCUGAAGAGGAAGCUGUCGGACGAAGACGCCGUGAGCAACAAGCGGAAGCGUGUAGAGGCGCCACCAGAGCAGGACGAUGACAUCAUCGCUCUGGACUGAGGCGUCUGCGCUGACUGACAACUGUUAAUGGGUUUUUUAUAUUAUGUGAUUUUUAGGGUGUGUUAAAUGUCUGCAGCUCGAUCCCCCUUUUCACACUGCCGGCUGCCCACGUCUAGGAGUCUGGCAGCCAUGUUUAUUUAUGCGGUCAGCCAUGUUCUCUGGGCGCCUCGCCCCUCUGUGUAUUUAUGUUCCUCCGGUUCUGGGCGGUUCUAGAGCAUUACGUUUCUCACACCCUAAUGUUUUUCAGUGACUGUUUUCUACCAAGUGCCACAUCAGGCGCCCAGUCCACGCGGCGCUGCCGGCGCCGUCUUUCUAUUCUCCGCUCUGUGCAUUGUUGCAGGUUAUUUAUAUUUGAUGUUUUGUAAGACCGCAGCUUUCUCCCUGUACCUGCCAACGGACCAAAUAAACGCCAUCUUGUUUA